CGCCGUCGUCGUCGUCGUCGUCGGCGUCGUCGUCGUCGUCGUCGUCGCCGCCGCCGCCUUCGCCGUCGUGCUGGUCGGUGUUGUGCGCGUCCGCUCACGUUGCUGUCCAGUGAACGUACGCGUAUCGCUUCCCGUGAAUCGUUCUGUGUUUUUUGUUUUCGUGCUCGUGUCAAAGUUAAAACACGCCCACGAGCCGCGAGUAUAAAUACGUGCGUCUGACAAUUUCGAUCGCUCGGUCGAGCAUCGGCCGAUCUUCCCGUGGCCGUGGGGACGAAUUUUGGAGCGAGGAUCGAGCGAGAUUUACGGUGGAUCGAUGAGACCGGCACAGGGCCAAGUUGGCGGAAGCUGACCGAUAAUACACAAAGUGAGAACUCGGGUCUGUUGUUCCGUUCCGGUUCCAUUCCCGGUCCCAGUGUGUGUCCGCUCGAUUGUUCGGAUCUUUGUUUAUCUCGAUACCGAUCGAUAACCAGAGGUGUCAAUCGUCGCACGACGCUUUUCACGCGCUCGUCAAACGUGCGGGAUAAGCUGUAUUUGCCGACGUUUCGAGUCUUCGUCUUUUUGGCCAGCUUUCUUCUUAAGAGAAUGUCGUCGAUGCGAACGCAGUCGACCAGCGGCGGUGUCCUGGGGCUGAGCAGCGUCGGUUCCGACAGGACCGGUGCCACGUCGACCGGCGCCGGUUCGCAUUCGCACUCGCACAGGAAACACCAUCACCAGCACAGAAGCAGAAGCGCGCCCCGGGCGCCGGAGAAACCGCCACGGAAACGGCACCUGAACCCUGGCCACAGCCUAGCGUCGAUCCCCAGCCAGAUCAAGUUGUCGAUGUUGAACAGCGGCCUCAUCUCUUUCGCGUCCGAAGAGCUGGGUGGCAGUAUGAGUACCACCCUACCGUCCGCGCCCACCGAACUCUCGCAAUUCCCGAAGCUUUGCGAGCUGCGUCGAAAGUUCCCCGUUCUAUACCGCGUCGAGUUUCAGACAGCUACGAAAGUGGAAACGCAUUCUUGUAGACACGCGACCAAGCCGGCCAACAAAGAGAAGAACCAGAACCAGAGGUGUAUACCUUAUGACUACAACAGGGUCGUUUUGGAUCACAUCGAAGGCGAGCCUGACUCCGAUUACAUUAACGCUUCUUACGUAGAUAGUAUAUUGAAACCAAACGCUUACAUCGUGACUCAGGGACCGACGGAGAACACCGUGACAGAGUUCUGGCGAAUGGUUUGGCAAGAGAAGGCCUGCUGCAUCGUAAUGUUGACGAAAACGUUCGAUUUCAUUAAGGUGAUGUGCGUGCAGUAUUGGCCGGCCAGCAAGGACAAGGACGAGGAGUACGGCGGUAUCGGUGUUUCCGUACUGAAGGAAGAGGAGCUCGCCAAUUUUCACAUACGAACGAUAAGGCUUUACAAGAAGAACGAGAACGACGAGAUCACGGAAGAGAGAACGCUGUUACAGUUCCACUACACGGAAUGGCACUCGCACACGUGUCCGUUUGGCAACGCGGUUUUAGAAUUUCGUCGACGCGUAAGGGCAGUGGUCGGGUCGACCAUAAAAAAGGAUUCCGGUCCUAUGGUAGUGCACUGCAACGACGGCGGAGGGAGAUCCGGGGUGUAUCUGGCUAUAGACGCGAACAUGGAACUGGCCGAAGAGGAAGACGCUUUCAACGUGUUCGGCUACUUGAAAAAGUUACGGCAAAGUAGAAGAGGACUUAUCGAGAACUUGGAACAGUACAAAUUCGUGUACGACACGCUGGAGGAGUUCGUCGUGUGCGGCGCGUCGUGGUUCCCAGUGUCGGAACUGUCGCAGCGUCUCAAGCAGAAGAGCGUGAAAGAUCCGCUAACUAAGAUGAACGAAUAUCAACGGGAGUAUCAGCAGAUUUACAAGCAGACGCCGCGUUUCACUAUCGGCGACUGCGCCGGAGGUCACAGGGCCGAUAACAGGGAGAAGAACAGGGACGUUUUAGUAGUACCGCCCGACAACUUCCGGCCGUACCUCACCAGCUUCCAGGGUAACAGUUAUACUGAUUAUAUAAACGCUGUCUUUGUCGACGGUUACACCAAGCCGAGGGAAUACAUCGUGACGGAGUGGCCGCUUCGACACACUUGCGGCGAAUUCUGGUCCCUGGUUUACGAUUACGAGUGCUCCGCGGUGGUGGUGCUUUGCGUGCCGCCACCGGGAUCCACCAAUUUCCCGAGUUUCUGGCCCGAGGGGAAGCACUCGAAGAAAUACGGACCCGUGUUUACGAUCGAUCACAUCAGCCACAAUCACUACACGAACAUCAAAACUUGGAUUUUCAGGAUAAACAAGAAGAUCGUGUCGCUAACUGAGUUAAUGGCCGGCGUGAAGGCGCCGCCGAAGACGGUGCAGCUAUUUCAGCUGACCUGCUGGCCGAUGGGCCACAAAGUUCCGACGUCGACGAACAGCCUGGUCGAGUUGAUGAACAUGGUCGAGAGGUGGAGGCAACGGACCGAUUAUGGGCCGGUGGCUGUGGUCUCGCCCGACGGCAGGAGUCGUUGCGGCGUUUAUUGCGCCGCAAACGCGUGCAUAGAGCAGGUGAUACAACACGGGGAAGUGGACAUUUUCCAGGCGGUUAAAACCGUGCGGAGACACAGGCCCCAGCUCGUAGAGAAUAUGACGGAAUACAAGUACUGUUACGAUCUGGUGUUGCACUACGUGCUUCACUAUCUGAACAAGGAUAUGAACGAGAAGAAGUGAGAAAACGAGUUGAGGGACGAGCUGUGGUUCAUCGAGUUCGGCAGGGGCGCCGCGCUGCCGUUGACCCCGGAGGAGGCUCCAGCAGAC